UGAAUGUCAAGAAUCAAGAAUUGUUCCAUGAAGGCGGCCCGGAGACUUUCCCCGGUUUAAUUUAAACAUGGUCUGCUCGCUUGGAUCCAUUUUUAACAAUACUCGUUCUUCCGGCCUCACUGAGCUUAUUGUACCCUGACAAAAUGCGUUUCUCCACCCUCCUCGUCACCUCAGCACUGUGCUUGACUCCAGCCGUCUACGCCUACGGGGUGGCCGAAGUGACAGCCAGAGCCCACGCGGACUGUCAUCCCGACGACCCCCCGAAUGAUCGUCUCAUUGGAGAUCCGCAGGAUACGGUGGCCACCGAGGACACGUGCGAGAAGAUCGAGGUGAAGCAUGGCUUUGAUAUUGAUGCCUACUCGGUGAGCCUCGUCGACAUCACCAAGGAUACGUCGGAUCGAUGCCACGCUCUGGGGAUCUAUGCGAAUGGGGAGUGCAUGGGCUUGCCCAAUGCGUUGAUUCCGUUCUUUCCUGGGGAAACCCAGGGUGAGAGCCGCUGCUUCAAGGAUACGCCUUUUGACAAGUACCUAUACGUUCGGCUGUUGUGUGAUGCCGAUGACAAGGACAAGGACAACAAAGAUAAGGAAGAUGGACCGGAACAACCCGAGUCUGAGGAUGCUAAAACCGAGGCACCGGAAGAGCCUGCCGCGCCUGCAGCAUCUGCAGCAUCUGCAGCACCUGCCGACAAACCGAGUGGUGGUAAUGAUCUUCUGAGUAGUCUGGGUCUGUAGGAGGGAGAGGAGGGAGAUGAGAUGAAGGCCGCCAUGUACUAGUAUGACUACGACAAUUUAGAUUACCAUAAUGUCAAGCAUGAUGCCGAGUGUA